UUAUCGAUGCUACAACCUGAGUUACCCUGUCUCCCAUUGUCUCUGCUCUUAAAAUAUUUUCUUUUAAGAGAAGAGACAAUGGAUUUCAGAUUCAAUAAAAGCCUUCUUGUCAUCCUAUCCCUCUCUUCUCUUCUUCUAUCUACCAAUGCCGUCCCUUCAACUCGCAUUAUCGAUUUCAUUUCCACAAGUUUCCCAACUGCAGGUCACAAAAGUCGCAUCAUUGAUUACAUUUCCACAAGUGUCCCGGCUGUAGCCUCUUCAAGCCGCCAUAUUGAUUUCCCUUCCAUAAGUGUCCCAGCUGCAGCCCCUUCAAGCGGCGUUAUUGUCUCUGGUGACAGUAACGUUAUUCUAGAACAUGCAUCACAGUCUGGUGCCACCUUGCUAGGAAACAUAGCAGACAGAGCUGCCUAUCGAGCCUAUCCCGAGAUCAUGAAUCUAUGUAUCGACGGUGAGAACGUAGCUCUUUGUGUUGAAACCAUUUUGAAAGAAAUGAAUGGUCCUUUUGAUCCCCUCAAGGCACUUGAGAUCGAGGUUGAUGCCACACUCGUCCAAGCCAAAACCGUAGCUGGUACCAUUCAAAAGCUGCUUCAAGACCCUAGCACCGAUAAAAAGGCCAUGGAAGCCCUUGGCAUAUGUCAUUCACAAUAUGGUGAUAUGUUGGAUGCAAUCAAGGAGGCAGUGGAUUUACUUCAACAACAAAAUGUUGUGGAUGCUUAUUACAAGUUCAAUGCUGUGAUCGCAUACAAAUCUGCAUGUGACGAUGCUUUUGUGGAGUCUCCUGGUGUCAAGAUCCCAUUUUCUCAGGAUUCUGAAACUCUAUUUCAGUUGGGUGGCAAUUCUUUGGGCAUCAUGAACGAGUUAGUUAAUCACGUCAGAAUUUAAAUCAUUUAGUUCAUGAAAUGGGAGAAGGAGGUGGUGACAGGAGAGGUUAUAAAAUCAUUAGUAACUAUAUUUUGUGCCAUUUUUAUAUGGUUAUGUAUUAAUAGUUUUGUAUACUAUUAUCAUAGCCAUAUAUAUAAUAUAUUGAUAAUAACUAACAUGCAUGCCUGUAUUGUGAAUCCUAUUUUAAUGAUCUCAAUAAGGGCAGAGCAUGUUUUGCAAAAAUGGGCAACACAUUCCUAUUAAACACAAGUAUGGUAACAUGUAAUGUUCAUGUUCGUGCUAGAUCAAUAUAAUCAUUUUAUUAAUAAAUUGUGUGUUUUUGGA